AUGCAGACAGUCAGAGAACACACAGAGCAUCUUAUAUAUCUACAGUCCGCAUCACUUCACGCUCACCCACCCCACCCUCACCUCACCCCCCUCCAACACCCCCCCACCCUCACCUCACCCACCCACCACCCACCCUCACCUCACCCCCUCAACCCCUCACCUCACCUCCCCCUCAACCCCCCACCCCACCCCCCCUCCACCCCUAACCCUCACCUACCCCUCAAUCAACCCACCCUCACCUCACCCCCUCAACCCGCCACCCUCACCUCACCCCCCCUCAACCCCCCACAUCCCCUCACUCACCCCCCCUCAACCCCCCCCACCCUCACCCCCUCAACCCCCCUACCUCACCUCACCCCCUCAACGCCCCACCCCAGGCCGCGCCCUUACCCCCCCUCAACCCCCACCCUCACUCACCCCCCCUCCAACCCCCCCCACCCUCACCUCAACCCCCCACUCACCUCAACCCCGCCCUCAACCCCCCCCCACCUACCUACCCCCCUCAACCCCCCCCCAACCCUCACCUCACCCCCCUCAACCCACCCUCACCCUCACCUCAACCCCCCCUCAACCACCCCUCACCCUCCCUCAACCCCCCCUCAAGCCCACCCACCCCUCACCUCACCCCCCAACUACCCACCCAGCCCCCCACCCUCAACCUACCCCCCCCUUCAACCACCCCCCCACCCCGCCCUCAACCCCCCCCACUAUCACCUCAACCCCCCUCAACCACCCCUCACUCACCCGCCCUCAACCCACCCCCCCCACCCUCCUCACCCCGCCCCUCAACCCAACCCCCCUCAACCACCUACGCCCCCCCACCUCACUCACCUCCCCUCAACCCACCCCUCACGCCUCACCCCCCCCCUCAAACCCACCCACCCCUCACCUCGUGGACGUUUCUCUUAG